AUGACCUCCUUCAACCAUCCCAAACCAUCAAGCACCUUCAACCAUCCCAAACCAUUAAGCACCUUCAACCACCCCAAACCAUCAAGCUCCUUCGACCAUCCCAAACCAUCAAGCUCCUUCAACCAUCCCAAACCAUCAAGCACCUUCAACCAUCCCAAACCAUCAAGCUCCUUUGACCAUCCCAAACCAUCAAGAUCCUUCAACCAUCCCAAACCAUCAAGCACCUUCAACCAUCCCAAACCAUCAAGCUCCUUCAACCACCCCAAACCAUCAAGAUACUUCAACAAUCCCAAACCAUCAAGCUCCUUCAACCAUCCCAAACCAUCAAGCACCUUCAACCAUCCCAAACCAUCAAGCACCUUCGACCAUCCCAAACCAUCAAGCACCUUCAACCAUCCCAAACCAUCAAGCUCCUUCGACCAUCCCAAACCAUCAAGCACCUUCAACCACCCCAAACCAUCAAGCUUCUUCAACCAUCCCAAACCAUCAAGCACCUUCAACCACCCGAAACCAUCAAGCUCCUUCGACCAUCCCAAACCAUCAAGCUCCUUCAACCACCCCAAACCAUCAAGCUCCUUCAACGAUCCCAAACCAUCAAGCUCCUUCAACAAUCCCAAACCAUCAAGCUCCUUCAACCAUCCCAAACCAUCAAGCACCUUCAACCAUCCCAAACCAUCAAGCACCUUCAACCAUCCCAAACCAUCAAGCUCCUUCAACCAUCCGACACCAUCAAGCACCUUCAACCAUCCCAAACCAUCAAGCUCCUUCAACCAUCGCUAUCUGUAA